AUGGCUGAUUCGAAUGAUACUCACGCACCACCCGAGCCGGUUCUCGAAGUGCCUCCACCACAAGAGAUUCGAAUUCUAGAAACAUCAGAAGAUAUUCAAAAUCGACGUCAAGAAGUGUUGGGACACUACACACAAUUCAAAGACUUCUCCAAAACCAAACGUGAUCGUCUUGAAGAAGCGCGUCAAUUUCAAUAUUUCAAACGUGAUGCUGAUGAAUUAGAAGUGUGGAUUUUGGAGAAAUUGCAAACCGCUCAAGAGGAAUCGUUCAAAGAUCCAACUAAUCUUCAGGUAAUUACUGUUUUUUCUUUAUUUUUUCUUCUUACAAAUUACAUAACAUCGAGGUCGUUUUCCUUUCUUUUUGUCACCGGAACUUUUCAGUAAUAUUUUUGACACCAGCUGACCCAUAUUUACUCGUCGCCCGCUAUCUAUUUUGGAUAUCUGUAUAGUUAGAGUGUCCUUGACAUAGUAAAUAUAUAAUAUAAUAUAAUAAUUUGCGCAGGGGAAAAAAUAGAAGAGACAGUUUGGUUGAUAAUCCGAUUAAAUAUAUUCUCCUUUUUCGGAAAAAAAAGAUAGAUUAAGAGAGACUGGUUAUAUAACUCACAAAUUACUAAUGGAUGAGAAAAAUAUUAAAGUAAACUUUUCAGGCCAAGAUUCAAAAACAUGAAGCCUUUGAAGCUGAAGUUCAAGCUCACGCCAAAACCAUUGCCAAUCUUGAUAAGACCGGAAAUUCGAUGAUUCAACACAAUCAUUUUGCAAGUGAUAUCAUCAAGGUAAUUUUAUUAUCUAGAAUUGGAAAAUUAUUAUCAAAUUAUAUAUUUUUUUAGAAACGAUUGGAAGAAUUGCAUGCUUUAUGGGAUAAACUUUUCUUCAAACUUAAAGAUAAGGGAAUUAAGCUACAACAAGCAUUGAAACUAUUACAUUUUAUUCGACAAUGUGAUGAAGUAUUAUAUUGGAUUCGUGAAAAAGAGACCUAUGUCACCGCAGAAGACAUGGGAAUGGAUUUGGAACACGUUGAAAUACUUCAAAGAAAAUUCGAUGAUUUCUUGAAAGAACUUGGAAAUCAUCAAUAUCGAAUCAACGAAAUCAACCAGGCUGCUGACAAAUUGGUUGAAGAAGGACAUUCAGAACAUGAUCAAAUUUAUAAGAAACGUGAUGAUGUUAACGAUGCAUGGCAUAAAUUGAAUACAUUGGCUGCGACAAGAAAAGAAGGAUUGUUUGGAGCUCAUCAAGUUCAACGAUUCAAUCGUGAUGCUGAUGAAACUUUGGCUUGGAUUGGAGAGAAAGAUAGUGCAUUGUCGAGUGAUGAUUAUGGAAGAGAUUUGAAUAAUGUUCAAGCUCUUCAAAGAAAACAUGAAGGAACUGAAAGAGAUCUUGCUGCUUUGGAAUUGAAAAUGCAACAACUUGAGAAAGAAGCUGCUAAAUUGGCCGAAACUCAUCCAGAUCGUGCAGAUGCUAUUUAUCAAAAGAACAAUGAUACCAAAGAUUCUUGGAAUGCGUUGAAAGAAAAAGCUCAACAACGUAAAGAUGGAUUGGAGCGAAGCUACCAAUUGCAUCGAUUCCUCGCUGAUUAUCGUGAUCUUGUUAGCUGGAUUCAAGAUAUGAAAGCUGUUAUUGGAGCUGAUGAAUUGGCUAAAGAUGUUGCUGGCGCUGAAGCACUUCUUGAAUCUCAUCAAGAACAUAAAGGAGAGAUCGACGCCAGAGAGGAUUCAUUCAAUCAAACCGCCGCUGCUGGACAAAAAUUGGUGGAAAUUGGAAUUCCUGGAAGCCAAGAAGUUCGCGAGAAGCUCGAGAAAUUGGCCCAAGAAAAAGCUGCUCUCCUCGGAUUGUGGGAAGAGAGAAGAAUUUUGUAUGAGCAAUGCAUGGAUCUUCAAUUGUUCUACAGAGAUACUGAACAAGCUGAAACCUGGAUGAACAAACAAGAAGCUUUCUUGGCUAACAAUGAUCUUGGAGAUUCACUCGAUUCUGUUGAACAUUUGAUCAAGAAACAUGAAGAUUUUGAAAAAUCAUUGGCUGCUCAAGAAGAAAAAAUCAAUGCUCUUGAUGAAUUUGCCACUAAAUUGAUUCAAGUAAGAAUACUUUUUUAUCACAAUACAAAUUCAUUUUUCACAUUUCGAAUUACAGGGUCAACAUUAUGCUGCUGAAGAUGUUGCUAAAAGACGUCAAGCUCUUCUCGAUCGCCGUCGUCGUCUUCUCGACAAAGCUCGUCUUCGUGGAAACGCUCUCAAAGAGAGUUACAAGAGACAAACAUUUGAUCGUGAUUGUGAUGAGAUGGUUAGCUGGAUCACUGAAAAACUCUCGACCGCUCGCGAUGAUUCAUAUUUGGAUCCAACCAACAUUCGUGGAAAACUUCAAAAGCAUAUCAACUUUGAACAAGAAUUGAAGGCUAAUGAGAAUCGUCUUGACGAUAUUCGCUUAACUGGAGAUCAAAUCAUCCAAUCUGGACAUUUUGCUUCUGAUCAUGUAAGUUUCAAAUUGAGAAAUUAUAGAACAUUAGGAACAAAAAUGUUUUUCUAGAUUGGUGAUCGUUUGCGUCAAGUGAACAGCUUGUGGAAUGAUUUGGUUGAUGCUACCAACAAAAAAGGAGCCAAACUUCGUGAUGCUGGAAAUGAGCAACAAUUCAAUAGAAACAUUGAAGAUGUUGAAUUGUGGCUCAGCGAAUUGGAAGGACAAGUUGCUUCUGAAGAUUAUGGUAAAGAUCUUGUAUCUGUUCAAAAUCUUCAAAAGAAAAUUGGAUUGUUGGAAAGUGAUUUUAACGCUCACAACGAUCGUGUUGAUGGCAUCAAGAAUUUGGCGAAACAAUUCGAAGAUGAAGAGCAUUUCAAUGCUCCAGUCAUUGUUCGCAAACAAGAAUCACUUCAAUCAAGAUAUAAUGCUCUUCGUGAUCCAUUGGAAAAGAGAAAGAGAAAGCUUGGCGAAUCACUUCAAGGAAAUCAAUUGUUCCGUGAUAUUGAAGACGAAUUGGCAUGGAUUCGUGAGAAAGAACAAGUUGCUGGAAGUACCAAUCGAGGACGUGAUUUGAUUGGUGUUCAAAAUCUCAUCAAAAAGCAACAAGCUCUUAUCGCCGAAAUUGCUAACCACGAAAGCCAAAUCGAAUCAGUCAGCAAAGCUGCUGAAGAUAUGAUUCAACAAGGGCAUUUCCUUGCUCCAGAAAUCCGCGACAAACUCGCUCAACUCCGUGACAACUGGAGAAUUUUGAAAACCAAGGCUGAGAAGAGACGCGGAGAAUUGGAUGAUUCCCUUCAAGCUCAUCAAUAUCUUUCUGAUGCUAAUGAAGCUGAUACUUGGAUGAGUGAGAAAGAACCUAUUGUUGGAUCAACUGAUUAUGGAAAGGAUGAAGAUUCAGCUGAAGCUCUUCUUAAGGUAAAUAAUAAUUUCAGAGAAUAUUUCAAUAUAUUCAUAUUUUUUUAGAAACAUCGUGCACUUUUGUCCGAUUUGGAAGCCUUCAAAGGAACCAUUGAAGAUUUGCGCAAACAAGCUUCACAAUGCAAAUAUCAAGAACAACCAAUGGGACAACUUGGAAGAGAUUGUGUCUUGGCUCUUUAUGAUUAUCAAGAAAAAUCACCAAGAGAAGUUUCGAUGAAGAAAGGAGAUGUUCUCACUCUUCUCAAUGCAUCAAACAAAGAUUGGUGGAAGGUUGAAGUCAAUGAUCGUCAAGGAUUUGUUCCAGCUGCCUAUGUCAAGAGAAUUGAACCAGGAACAGCUCAACAACAUGCCCAACAACAAGUGAGUUAUUAUAUCUUAUAUAAACAAAACAUAAACAAUAAAAACAACUGUUAGGUAAACUCGAUUGGUGGAAAACAAUCUGAAAUCGAAGACAAAUAUCAAAGACUGAUGAUGUUGGGAGAAACCAGAAAGAGAAAAUUGGAAGAAGCUUGCAAAGGAUAUCAACUUCUCCGUGAAGCUAAUGAUUUGGCUGAAUGGAUCAAGAGCCGCGUAAGUUUUAUUUAUUUUUCUUGAAAUAAUCUUGAGUUUCUCUAACUUAUUAUUUUUAGACUAACAUGGCAGAAGUAAGUAAAAAGAGUCAACAAAAUAUGUAUUCUUAUUGUAAAAUUUUUGUGAAAAAGCUUUGUGAAGAUGUGUUUUUUUUUUUGAGUAUUGUUAUUUAUCAGCAGUCUUGGAGAGAAUCCUAAUUGAAAUCCAUGCGGAUCUGGGAUUUUGUGGCUUUUUGUGAAUUUCAAAAAUAAAUAAUUGUUUUUCAGGAAGCUGUUGCUGCUCAACAAGAAAUUGGAACCGAUCUUGAACAAGUUGAAGUUCUUCAAAAGAAAUUCGAUGAUUUCAAGGGAGAUCUUAAGGCUAAUGAAGUUCGCCUUCAAGAAAUGAACCAAAUUGCAACUGCUUUGACAUCAGUUGGACAAACUGAAACCGCUGUCAGAAUCCGUCAACAAAUUGAAGAUUUGAAUGCAAGAUGGAGAGCACUUGAAGAGCAAACCGAACAAAGAGAACAACAACUCGGAUCAGCUCAUGAAGUUCAAAGAUUCCACAGAGAUGUUGAUGAAACUAAAGACUGGAUUCAAGAAAAAGACGAAGCUCUUGAUAGCGAAGAUUUCGGAAGAGAUCUUCGAUCAGUUCAAGCUCUUCAACGUAAACAUGAAGGAGUUGAAAGAGAUUUGGCUGCACUUGGAGAUAAGAUCAAAUCAUUGGAUGAGAAGGCAAACCGUCUCAGACAAUCGCAUCCAGAAGCCGCUGAACAAAUUUAUGAUCUUCAACGUGAAUUGAAUGAACAAUGGAAUCGUUUGACUCUCAAAUCCAACAACAGAAAGGAGAAACUUUUGGAUUCAUAUGAUUACCAAAGAUUCUUGACUGAUUAUCGCGAUUUGAUGCAAUGGAUUGCUUCGAUGAAUCAACUUGUCAGUAGUCAAGAAUUGGCCAAUGAUGUUACUGGAGCUGAAGCUCUUCUUGAACGACAUCAAGAAUACAGGUUUGUAAUAAAAACUUUUUACGAUGGUUCAAACCUAAAAACUUUUUUUGCAGAACCGAAAUCGAUUCUCGUUCUGCCACAUUCCAAGCUUUUGAUCAAUUUGGAAAUCAACUCUUGAAAACUCGCCAUUAUGCUGCCAAGGAUAUUGACAAGAGACUUCAAGAUGUAAGUUUUUCUAAUUUUUUGAUGGAACCUCUUGUGAAAUUCUUUUUUUUCAGGUUAAUGAUGCUCGCAAGGGACUUGAAGAUGCCUGGGUUGCCAGAAGAAACAUUCUUGAUCAAUGUCUUAUGCUUCAACUCUUCUACAGAGAUUGUGAACAAGCUGACACUUGGAUGUCUGCUCGUGAAGCUUUCUUGGCCCAAGAAGAUCCAUCUGGUGAUAAUGUUGAAUCACUCAUCAAGAAACACGAAGAUUUCGACAAAGCUAUCAAUACUCAAGAAGAAAAGAUCAAGGGACUCAAAUUGUUUGCUGAAAAUCUCAUCAAGGAAGACCAUUAUGAUGCUCCAGCUGUUGAACGUAAACGUGACCAAAUUUUGGAUCGUUGGAACAAUUUGAAGGAUGCUUUGAUUCAAAAGCGUUCGAAAUUGGGAGAAUCACAAACUCUUCAACAAUUCUCACGCGACGCUGAUGAAAUUGAAAACUGGAUGGCUGAGAAAUUCCAAAUUGCUCAAGAAGAAAACUAUCGUGAUCCAACCAACAUUCAACAAAAACAUCAAAAACAACAAGCGUUUGAAGCUGAACUUUAUGCCAAUUCUGACAGAAUUGCAGCUAUCAUUCAAGCUGGAACCAAUUUGAUUGAUAAUGCUAAAUGUGGAGGUGGUGAAGCUGCGGUUAGCGCAAGAUUGAAGGCGUUGAAUGAUCAAUGGGAUUUGCUCGUCAAAACAACCACCGAAAAGAGUUAUCGUCUCAAAGAAGCCAACAAACAAAAGAGUUUCAUGGCUGCUGUCAAAGAUUUGGAAUUCUGGUUGGGAGAAGUUGAAAUUCUUCUCAACUCGGAUGACUAUGGAAAAGAUUUGGCAUCUGUCGAAAAUCUUUUGAAGAAACAUUCUCUUCUUGAAGCUGAUAUUGCUGCUCAUCAAGAUCGUGUUAAUGAGAUGAACGAUCAAGCUGAUUCAUUGUUGGAGAAUGAUCAAUUCCAAGGACAACAAAUUGCUGAAAGAAGAAAGUUGAUUAGUGAUCGAUAUGAUAAUGUCAAGAAAAUGGCUGCGGAUCGUCGUGAUAAAUUGAGCAAAUCUUUGAAUGUUCAUCAAUUCUUCCGUGAUAUUGAUGAUGAAGAAUCAUGGAUUAAGGAGAAGAAAUUGUUGGUUUCAUCUGAUGAUUAUGGUCGUGAUCUUCCUGGAGUCCAAAAUCUUCGUCGUAAACAUCGUAGAAUUGACACUGAAUUGGCUAGUCACGAACCACAAGUUUCGCUUGUUAAGCUUAAAGGAGAAGAAUUGUUGAGAAGUGCUGCUGAAGCUGGAAUUGGUGAAGAUCAAAUCAAGAAACGUAUGGAUGAAUUGGAGAACUCGUGGGGACAAAUUCGUGAUCUUACCGGAAGUCGUCAUAAGCGUUUGGAUGAAUCUGAAGCAUUCCAAGAGUUCUUGGGAGAUGUUGAAGAAGAAGAGGCUUGGAUGAAUGAGAAACAACAAAUUCUUGGAUCUGACAACUUUGGUGAUAACAUGGCUGGAGUUCAAGGAUUGUUGAAGAAACAUGAUACAUUCCAAGUUGAUUUGGAACUUCACAAACAACGUGUUGCUGAUUUGGUUAACCGAGGUGACAAACUUAUCGGAAAUGGCAAUCAUCAUGGUCCACAUAUCAAACAACGAUGUGAUCAACUUCGCACAAGACUUCAAGAUAUUGAAAAGAUGGCUGAAAGACGUCUCGCUAAACUUCGCGACAAUUCAGCUUAUCUUCAAUUUAUGUGGAAAUGUGAUGUUGUCGAGAGUUGGAUCGCUGAGAAAGAACAACAAGUUAGAAGUGAAGAUUUUGGAAGAGAUCUCUCAUCUGUUCAAAUUCUUCUCACCAAACAAGAAGCUUUUGAUGCUGGUUUGAAUGCCUUUGAACACGAAGGUAUCCAAAGGUUCGUUUAUUUUUUGAAAAUUUCUUUGUGAGAUCAAAACAAUAACAUGUUUUCUUUAGAAUCACUGAAUUGAAAGAUCAACUUGUCUCGGCUCAACAUCAACAAUCACCAGCAAUUGAUAAACGCCAUUCCAAUGUGAUUCAACGUUGGCAACAACUUCUCUCGCAUUCUGAAGCUCGCCGCCAGAAAUUGUUGAAAAUGCAACAACAAUUCAAACAAAUUGAAGAGCUCUACUUGGCAUUCGCCAAAAAAGGCCUCCACUUUCAAUUCGUGGUUCGAGAAUGCCGAAGAGGAUUUGACUGAUCCAGUUCGAUGCAAUUCUUUGGAAGAGAUCCGCGCUCUCCGUGAUGCCCAUGCUGAAUUCCAGGUUUGUUUUGGUUUAGAAAUUGGGUUACUCACAAUAAAUGUUUCAUUUAUAGCGCUCAUUGUCCUCCGCCGAAGAGGACUUCCUUCAAUUGCAAGAUCUUGAUCGUCGGAUCAAGUCGUUCAACGUGGGCGCAAAUCCAUACACUUGGUUCACCAUGGACGCUCUUGAAGACACUUGGCGCAAUUUGCAACGAAUCAUCAAAGAGCGCGAACAAGAGUUGGCCAAAGAGCAUCAACGACAAGAAGAGAAUGACAAACUUCGACGUGAAUUCGCCAAACUUGCCAACUCUUUCCACACAUGGUUGACCAACACACGACAAGAAAUGAUGGAAGCUGGCGGAUCUUUGGAGGAACAAUUGGAUGCGGUGAAGAGAAAGGCUGGAGAGAUUCGAGCAAACAAAUCACAAUUGAAACAAAUUGAAGAGAAAGGAGCAAUGUUGGAAAGAAACCUUAUUCUGGAUAAUAGGUAAGAUUUUUUGAAUUCAAUUUAUUUGAAACAUAUCAAUUCAUGUAUUUUUCAGGUACACGGAACAUUCAACAGUUGGAAUUGCACAAGCUUGGGAUCAACUAGAUCAGUUAGCAAUGCGAAUGCAGCACAACCUCGAACAACAAAUCCAAGCAAGAAACCAAUCUGGAGUGACGGAAGAAGCACUUCGAGAAUUCUCAAUGAUGUUCAAACAUUUCGACAAAGAUAAGACUGGCCGCCUCGAUCAUCAACAAUUCAAGAGUUGUCUGCGAGCUCUUGGAUACGAUUUACCGAUGGUCGAUGAAGGUCAACCAGAACCAGAAUUCCAACGAAUUUUGGACAUUGUCGAUCCAAACAGAGAUGGUUAUGUAACACUUCAAGAAUACAUGGCAUUUAUGAUCAGUAAAGAAACUGAAAACAUUCAAUCAUCCGAAGAAAUCGAGAUGGCUUUCAGAGCCUUGUCGAAAGAAUUCAGACCUUUCGUUACCGCUGAGGAACUUUAUGCUGUAAGUUUUCAUAUUUUUUGUCAAAUUCAGAUGUUCAUAACUCUUUUGUUGCAGAACCUCACACCGGAACAAGCUGAAUUCUGCAUCAAACGUAUGAAACCAUACACUGAUGCGAUUUCUGGUCGAUCGAUUCAAGGAGGACUCGAUUACGAGCAAUUUGUCCACGCCUUAUUCCAAAGUUAA